AUGUCGUUUCUAGGUGCCCAGGACCCCCACGUGACUGGUGUUAUCGAAGCCGCAGCUGACGAUAUAGACGACGACGAUGACAAUGGCUACGCUGACUCCACGCUCGGGUCCGAUGAGGCUCGAUAUCAAAUGUACAACCACAUCGAAUCGAUAUCCCGAAGAGCAUCGCCCGUCCCUCUAUCUACCAGGAGCCAGGCAGCAGCUUACGCUGGUAUUCUACAACAGGAAAUCGACCGGCUCAACCUCAAGCAUCAUAUGUCGACACUAUUGUUCGACGGAAAACUUCAUUUUGCUCCGAUAUCUAGAAAUCCGCAUAGGAUUUUGGACUUGGGGACUGGUUCUGGAAAAUGGGCUGUCGAUGCUGCGGAUGAGUACCCGAUGGCGCAUGUUAUCGCUACAGACAUUACUCCGAUCCAGCCGACCGUAAUCCCUCCUAAUCUCGAAUUCCUAUUACAACACGACUAUAACAACGACUGGAACUUGCCCCAAAACGUCUUUGAUCUGGUUUUCUCCCGCUGGAAUCACCUGUACAUCGAUGACUGGCGCAACUUCAUCCGACAAGCGUAUAUAUCUCUACGGCCUGGCGGGUAUAUUGAAUUACAUGAGGAACUGCACGGGUACUACUCCGAUGAUGGGACGUAUUCGGCGCAGACGAAUCUGUACAGAUGGAAUGCAAGAUGCCGAGAGGCUAUGCAGCGAUUCCCGGAGCGGGAAGUCGAUCUGACGAGCGACGAGAUUGUGGGGUACAUGCGCGAUGUUGGGUUUGAGGAUGUGGUCGUACGAACUUACAAGGUUCCUAUGAACGGAUGGCCGAAAGACGAAACGUACAAGGAAAUCGGUAGAUUGCAGCAGGCGCAGCUGUUGAUGGUGGUGGAAACGGGUACGAAGGUUCUAUUGAAACGGGCACUAGAUAUUGAUGAGGACGAGAGUAUGGAUCUCGUCCGACGGGCUAUGACGGAUAUGAAGAAUAGAGCGAUACAUGCCUACCAGAAGCUGUACGUCAUAUAUGGGAGGAAACCGGAUCAGUGA